AUGGCGAAUAAGAAAAAGAAGAUAGAUGGCCCGACUGCGAAUAAUCAGCAGUCUCAGCAGCAGGCCAUACCUCCACAGCCAAAUACCGGAUCCACCACAACCCAGCAAAUACAUCCAAAGUCGACCUCCCCUAACAAAAAUGGUGGUCUUCCAAUCCCUGCUGGAUCCACCAUAUCAAUUACUGCUACUUUUGGUCCGCCAAAGAAGUCGGACUCACCAGCUUCCAAAUCAAACGCUCAUCCCAACUCAUCUUCAUCAAUUGUUACUGGCACCAACUCCUUGAGCGUGAAGACAAACCCAGACACCCACAUGCUGCAUCUGAUCGGCCAACAGGCUGCUCAAGGCAUUCCAGAUCCAGUCCGCUGCUCUUUCGCAUGUCAGCUAUGUCACGCUGCAAACGUACUAGAUAGAUCUCAUAAAAUAUCCAGGUACUCCAACUUUGAUGCCUUCGGGGGCAUGGAGCAAUCAACUCCAAUGAGCACUGAAUGGAUUGAUACGAAAAAGGACAUGUUUACCCUUGGAAACGGAAUGGUCAUACUACCUGGAAGCAAAUAUAAACGAGUUACAGGCAGUUUAGGUGUUGGAGUGAAAGUGCAAGGCAUGAUAUUGGCAGGAACUGUCGAUAUACAGCAACGAUCACCACCACAACCCUGUUCUUCAUCUUCAGCAUCUGCAUCUACUAGCCCUGUGAUAAAUAGACGUGGGGUGAUUGUUAAUGUGCUAGAAUCGCAGUCACCUACUCCGUAUAGAAUACAUACGUUUGAUAUGGACACUCAGGUGGGCUACUUUUUGACAAUGAACCCAUCAUCGUAUCUGGAUUCUGAUCUGGUGCUUGUUGGGCCAUUCCAGUAUAGAGGGGUCAACUUUGGCCAUGAAACUGUAAUCCACGCAGACGGGAUAUUUGGAAGAAUACAUAUGAGUACUUCUACGAGUCUAGAAGUCGCUCUCGGUCGAAAUGUUAACCAGAAACAACCAACGAGAACACAGACAAGAGUCUACACCGAAAUGUGUAUAGAUAGAAUGCUGAAUGCUGCCUCAAUUACACUUCCAUCAGACGACCUCUCACAUCCAUCGCCGUGGCCACCGGGGCUGAACUUUGAUUGUUUUGGAUAUCACAAUACGUGCCUGCCACAUAGUUUCUCGACAGUACUACGAAGGCAUCAAGAUGCCCUACAUCCAAAUACUCGAGAUUCGGAUGCUAUAAUACAGGCGGAACUGGGUAGACGAUGUGCGUUUUGUGGUAUAUGGAAGCUCAAGGAGAAGCUGCAAUUGUGUGGACGAUGUCGGACGGUAUUCUAUUGCACGAGGAAGUGUCAGAUGGAUUCGUGGAAGGCUGGACAUAAAAGGCUAUGUAUAGAUAAGAGUCUUGUUGGACACCCACCAGGUCCAAAUCUCACUACACCAAGCAAUAUUGCUAGUAAGGUUAUGGAUAAACUAGCCAUAGGGUUGAAUGAUUGUUUGUUUGGUACUGGAGCCGCUGGCCGACCUCUCCCUAGUCCGACGUUGACAACAGGGCCAAAUAAAUCGAAAACUACCGGACGUAAAGUCAGAGUGGAAGUUGAUGCUCUAUCAUUAGCAAUCGCAACUGCUACAGCAGCAGCCACCCAACUUGGCAGUCUGUCUCCUUCGAAAGCCAGUAGCAGAAGCUCGGUCGCGAGCGUUGAUUGA